GCAAGACGGUAAAGCGCGUUGGAUAAAACGACGUCCAACCUACGUCACUGGUAGGCAAGCGAGUCUUGUGAUUGAUACGAGCCGGAGCAGAUCCGCGAUGACUAGUGCGGAAAGUCAGGGCGACGUCUUCGACCUACCACGUCCUGAAUGGUGCCAAUCUUUUUUUAGUUCUCAUAUGUUGCACUCACAGCCCAAGGUAAACAUCGGAGAUCUCGGAUGCUGCCACAGAGGCGACGGACUGGAUUCGAGCCAUGGAGCAUCAAGAUCAGAACGAAGGUUGCCGGUCGUCUCGAUCGAUCGUAUGCGCAGAGCUUCUUCGGAAUGCUGAAGCACAGGCAAUUCAAAUGGACGCGCUCAGCAGGCUCAAGUACCUGUGCUCUUCUGAUCUGUGCAAUUUUGCUGAGGGGUGGUAGCAAUGUCAUCCGCGCCAGCUGUAUCCCUUCCAGGAGGCAAUGUCUUGGGGAGGCGUCGUCAUUAGGCAGGCCCCACAAUCGACUCACGCACUACUGCAUUAGAGCGUUCUAUGUGUGCGUCGCCACGCGCCGCCACACUCGCAGCUUACAUGUGAUGUGUCAUGGAUGUCACGGCGUCAAAGAGUUAGAGAGUUGCAGCAGCAGCAGCAAGCAGUGUUGCGCGCGGGACGCUGACGAGUGGAACUUGGCACACGCGAGUCAUCACAUGCUCGUGACUUUGCAGAAGCAUGGGUCCAGUGGUCAGGCUGUAUUCACCUGGAUGUGAAUCGGGACCGGCCGGGCUACGCCCCGGGUGAGAAUCACGACUAGUCAGUCAUCACAUUUGAGUCAAAAGCAGUCAAUAGCCACGGAGUCUAUGACUCUGUGAUCGCGACUGAUUAGCGCAAAUUAGGCGACAGGGCUGCUGGUGCGAUUACUCGGCUGUUCAGAGGGU